GCUAGUCAUACACCUUUUAUAUUUAUUAUUCACUUUUAUACCGAAUCCAUCGUCUCUAAUAUCCGAAGUUUAUGUUGGGCUUCCGGAUCUACGGGACAAAACCUCAACAUUGGCGCCGUCUGUGGGAAAAGAUCAAAAAGAUUAUGUGUUCUGAUCCUACAAUUUUGAUACGAAGAAGACAACCGUUUACAACAACGGGGAGCAAAAAGAAAAGGAUGGGGAAAUGAUUCAAGAAAAAGUGAUAAUAAAUUGAGAACUCAAGAUUCAGCCCAACAGCCGGUCACCAAUUCAAAUCAUUGCUCCGCGUCCUAGAAGGAAUGCUAGAACCGAAGCGGAAGACCCAAGGAACUCAGUGAACCAGCCAUGGAAGCUGUUUGGUGAACGAAGAAAAGGCAAAUAGGGCCCACAUACCCACUAGCCUGACAAAAAACAAAAAAAGGGAAUAGCUAUCCACUCUCACGUGGGAAACCUGACAAAACCACACAAGUGAAUGAUUUGAUAGAUUCACCAUCAUCCCAGAAAACAUGCGCCUUAUCCCGAACGCCGAACGGGAUAUGCGUCCGCCGUGUUGUGUGGAUAGAUUCAUCAUCAUCCAAAAAAAAAUAUGCGCCGCAUCCCGAACGUCGGACGAUAACUUCCCGAACGCCGGAGGAGAACUUCCCGAACAGCCCCAAAUCAUUACAAAUGACCUGAACGGCCUCUAAACUUAUCCAGAGGACGAAAGUACAAGUUGAUCAAAACAAAUCAUGAACCAUACUGUUCAAACUCCCGAACAGAGGGUACCUCCUAGACGAAUGAAAGAGGACAACCCCGAAUAGACCACCUGCUCGUUACAACCCGUUCAAAACAUAGCACGUCCAGCUCGGUCACCCGGCCAGUCCAUCAGCAAGUAGUCGUGGACCAGCAACAAACCCGCAGUGCCCUCUCAGACGCUCAAAUUGUGGCACCAACAGCUCUGCCCGCCCAUGGAAGUUGUGACCUGUCAAGCGCCGCUCGGUCUCCAGACAGGCACCCAUAGGAGUCCUCGCUGGUCGCACCAAGGUCUGGCUACCGGAUCGAGUGUUGCCUCUCGACCGUUUGAGAUUCUUCAGGCCGGCGGCCGAUGGGCUUGGCCGCUUGGGUAGCCAGAGCAACUCGAAAGGGAAUUUCCCGAGCGAUGUGUACUCCAGCUCGCCGUCCAGCGUCUCCCCGUCCGGCAUCUUCCUGGCCGGUGACUCCUUGCUCGGCACCCAGUGUUUUACCGAACGGCAGUCAAAGGACAGAUCAGCAGUUCCCCGGUCGGCAUCUUUUACGAACAAUGAAUUUCGUGUUUGACUGGUUUGGAGGAACGGGUAAGUUCGAAGCCCCGAACGACUUCUGGAAGUCUCGAUCGUUCAGAUAUAUCCCCAAACUUCAAUCAGGUGCGGCGGGCUGGGUCAUUGAGCAGCUCAGGCUAGACUGAUAAUCCAUACGAUUGUGAGCUUAUGGAAGUUGCAGCAGCGGAUCUUGCAAGGGAGUACACUUGUUAUGUUGGGCUGGACCACAUUUUUGACGGAUCAAAUAAAUUCUCACCAGGCCAAUAUUUUGCCCGGCAGCUGAAAUUCAGCCUAUUCAGCUAAGUACCACCAUUCUCUCACUUGUUAAUUUAAUUUAAAAUAGCGUUACUGCUAUCAUUUUAUUAUCACCAUCAUUUAUUAGGGGUAAAAUCUCCUGGAUUAAAUGAUAUCGAACGAAGCUUCAGUGAUAAUUAUUAGUUGUCAUUGUAGUUAAAUGACGGGUUGUGGUGGGCCUAUCGGCUCAACCUGAUCGACUUAAAUUAAAUAGUCGGAGCAUCACCCAAGGGGAUCACUCCCAAAUCCUGCUCGGCACCCAGUACUAGUACGAUACAAUGUUUGUUUAAAUAGUAGUAGCACUAUUAAUUAAACAUCACCAUUGUUAGGGUUAAAAUAUCCUGAAUUAAAUAAUGACCAAGUGAAGCCCCAAUGAUUAAGUACUCCGUCAUUUUUUAAAUAAAAUGAUGGGUUGUAGUGGGGGCUAUUGGCUUACCCCGAUCGGCCUUAAUUAGCGAUCGGAGCAUUUACGGACCCGCUCGGUGAGGCCGGACAUCCAUGAAAAUAUUGAAUGACUUGAUGUAGUAAUAUUACUAUUAGUUACGCAUCGCCAUUAUUUGUUUAGUAGAGAUUAAAAUUUCCUGAAUUGAAUAAUGGCCGAGCGAGACUCCAGUGACAAGUCCAUUAUCAUUAAAAAUUAAAUGAUUUGGUUUAAUGGGCCGACCAGCCAACCCGCGAUCGGCUGAAUGUAAGCGAUCGGAGUGCCCCGAAUGGUAUUACUCCGACAACGCACCAAGUACUCAUGCAUUAGAGUAUUCAUUGGUUGAUUAAAUAGUAUUCUUACUAUUAAUUGCACACACCAUUACUUAAUAGGGAUUAAAAAAAUGCCGAAUAAAGUAAUGCCGAAUGGGGCUUUAUGAAUAAUAUCACCAACAUUUUAAUUAAAUGCUUGGUUUGACUGGGUGUAUCAGUCCACCCCCGAUCGGGCCAAAUUAAUUGGCUGAAGUGUCCCCGAUGACAUAUUUUAAUUUUGAAACCAUUCAUGGUCUCGUACGGCAUUAAGUGCCUGAACGGCAACUAUACCCAGUACGGGGCGAAAUACGUACUUGAAUACUCGACAAAACACUAGGUGGUUCGAGUCGUGGACUCUAAUAGAUCAAGAAAUGAAUCUAGGCCAAGGGUUAUCAUUACCCGCUUCGGCCGGUAGUCAUGAAUAAAAAAUAAUACAAAAGAAAUGUUAUACAUGUGUAUGUAUAUACUUGUAUAUGUUGUUUGGCCGUACGGCCGUAUUACCAUGCUUAUUGUGCAGUAAAAUUCGUCCGACGUUCUCGGACGGGAAGAUCAUGAAACACAAGGAUGUUCAUGAUGUUUGGCAUGAAGCACAGAGACAUUCAUGACCGGCAGAAAAGAAUCACAUUCAUUCAUAGGCGUUCGGUCAGCCCGAACGGGCAAGUCAUGAAGCACAGAGAUGUUUAUGACGUUCAGCAUGAAGCGCAAAGACGUUCAUGAUUGGCAAAGAAAAGGGAUAUUUGCAUUCAUAGGCUUUCGGUCAGCCCGAACGGGGAAGUCACGAGGCGCAAAGACAUUCAUGAGCCGUUCGGACAGCCCGAACGGGGAGAUCAUAGAGCGCAGAGAUAUUUAUGAUUGACAAAAAAAAAAGAAAAAAAAAAGAAAAGAGAGAGAGAGAGAGAGAGAGAGAGAGAGAGAGAGAGAGAGAGAGAGAGAGAGAGAGAGAGAGAGAGAGAGAGAGAGAGAGAGAGAGAGAGAGAGAGAGAGAGAGAGAGAGAGAGAGAGAGAGAGAGAGAGAGAGAGAGAGAGAGAGAGAGAGAGAGAGAGAGAGAGAGAGAGAGAGAAAAGAAGAGAAGACCAUCACGGCCGAGAACCGUUGCUUGUUCCUUUCCGAUCAGCCCCCAGUGGCGACCUCAUUAAAUGGCCACUGACCCUCUGGUGCGAUGCCAUUAUCAUAUUUGAAGACCGGCCUCGUCCCCGCACUGCGCGGAUAAGGACCGUUGCUUGAUGUUUAGGUUGGCUUCUCAUUGACGACAUCAUCAUAUCACGAUCGGCCUGUCGGCACGACAUUAUUUGCUUUGGAGGCAUCUUCACACUCCAUGAAGUCUCACCUCGAUCGAUAGAUACCACUUGUCUCGAUCCAUAGGGAGCCAUCAUCUCAGCACAAACUCAUCAUUAAUGUGCAGGUUAACCAAGCACGAACUCAGCUUGGGAGAUGGUGUAAAAGAUCUUGAGUAGGACGAACUGGGCGGGCAUCCGAAAGCAUAGGGUGACCGAGCGGGGGAUCGGGACUCUGGUCUUAAAAUCUCGCCUUGGCUAUGCAGCUCGCACGAACCACGACGAAGUGAUUCGUUAUGGUGGAACCCGAGCUGUAACCUGGAGGCGAGUCUCCAUUUUGGCAGAGGAUAAGGAGGUGACCCGAAUGGGAGCCUUAUUCUCAAUGGUCCAGAAUGGACAUCUCAACCCCCUAAUAUGGAUGAUCCCGGACGGUAGAACCGGACGGCAUGCAUCGGAAUUAUGGGUUUGGAAGAUGGCAGGCAUUAAAUGAACUGUUAAAAUGCCUUGCAAAAGGGGAAAUCAUGGACGGCCAAAGACGAUAACUACCGAACAGGUUAUAUCGGACUCAGUCUUGGAAGGCAGUAGGCAUUAAACACUGAUGACUUGCGUGUUCGAGGAACCACGGACAGCCGACGGAGAUGAACCGAACGGCUUGCACCUGAACCUUGGUGCUUACUUGUGGCAAGUGAAA